AUGCACAGUGAUAACGAACAUAUAGACAGCGAAAUCCUUGAGAAACAGCAAGAAAUAAUAAAAUGCGCCAAACAUCAAGACUUCAUAAGACUCCAAAUUGUGAUUCAACCGUAUAUUAUGAACAAUGACAUCGAGAUGCUGAACGAGAUAAACAUUUUACAUUGGUCAUGCUAUUGUGGGUUCACUGAAUUGGUAAAAAAAUUGAUUAACCUAAACUGUGACAUAGAAAAGGAAGACUUAGUGAAUAACGAUACGGCUAUUUAUUACGCUAUAAAAAAUAGUAACUAUGAAAUUGUAUUACUACUAAUAAAACAUUUCGGUAUUUCCAUACUCUUUCAUAAAAAUAGAAGAAAAAUGAGCCCAUUCUUAACAGCUAUUAGUGAAUUCAAUGAAGAUAAGAUAUUAGAAACAUUACACAUUUUAGAAUUUUUAUAUUUAAACGGAGUUAGUUUAGAAGAACAAAAUGAACAUGGUCAAACGGCUUUAUUUUUAAGUGUAAAAAAAAAUAAUAUAAGCACAUUACAAUGGUUGCUAAGUAAAAAUGUAAACAUAAACCAUCGAGAUUUUUAUGGAAACACAGUCCUACAUAUAGCUGUUAAAUACUGUGACACAGAUAUUCUAAGAUUAUUAUGUGAUUAUGGCUCUUUAAACUUAGUUUACUGUACAUCUAUUGAAAAUAAAUAUACAAAUGUUUUUCAGUUAUGUUUAAAAAAUAGAUAUUUUUUAGUAUAUAUAUUAUUAAAAAAAUGGCAACUACAAAAUAAAAUGUGUAAAGGAUUAAAGAUAUGUAAAACUAUUUAUGCAUUCUAUUUUUGGUUCUUCGCCAUUUUAAACUUAAUUAUUUACAUUAAUAUUACCAAAUCGUUUUGGGUUCUUAAGAAAUAUCAUACAUUAUCUAUCACAUGGAUAUCCAUUUGGCUAUUUCAACAAUUUUUAUGGUGUAUUCUAUAUUUUAAAAAUCCAGGCUUCUACAAAAAAAAUAAUAUUUUAAGAAACAGACAAGGAAAAAAUAAUUCUACUUUUACAUAUACAUAUGAUGGCUCAUUUAAAAAAAAAGCAGAAUAUCAGUUAAACAACAUCGAAAUGGAAUUAUUUAAAAUUAAUAAAAUGAUCAUUUCUGCUAACAUGGCACUUACAAAAAUUACCAACCCAGAUGAUUUGGAGUGCACAAAGUACGACCAACUUAUUCUUAAUUUGGAAAGCCAAAAGUUAUCUCUCUAUCCUCAGGUCUCUCAGGAACGCAUUAAUUCUCUCGACGUCGAUUACAGAAAUUCUAUAUUAUAUAACCAAAACCCACGGAAUGUGUGUGUUACUUGCAGCAUUAUCAAACCCCCGAGGGUUCACCAUUGUGCGGAAUGCUUACACUGCAUCGUACACCAAGAUCACCACUGCGUAUGGGUUGACAACUGCAUAGGAAUAAAAAAUCAGCGAUCCUUCUACAUGUUCAUAUUUUCCGUCCUCGUCUUAUUACUAUACAAUUAUUAUUACGUUUUUUUAUAUUUAAAUUUGUUUCACAAAACGGUAGAUUAUGCAUUCGCUUUGCUCGUUAUAUUGUGCAACUUCAUUAACAUUACCCUACUCGCAUUCAUAACAUACUUGUUUGCACGAAACACGAGGACCAUAUUAACGAAUAUUACCUUUUAUGAACACUUCAAAAGGCCUAACCACAUAACAGAUAAAUACAAUACCGAAUUGAGGUGCUGGGAUUUUCAAAAUUUAAGCCUCAAAAAAGUUUUAAAAAACGUGUAUUCCUUUUGGUCUCUAAAUUACGACGAACCAUACCUAAGACACGGCAAAAAAUCAACAAAAGAUAAUUACUAUACUCUCAUUACAGACAGGAUAUAA